UCAGAGUUUCAGCACUUAUAAAAAUCCCUGCAUCAAGAUCUAGAAUAAAUAUUUGUUUUGCUUUUAUACUUUUAUUUCUAGCAAUCAACACAUAAAUUCCCAGCCGUUGGAUCAGCUUUGGCAAAUGGUUAUGAAGUCAUUGCACCCCACAGAUCAUUUUUUUAUAUAAAUCAAGUAAUCAACAUCUACACUCUACACCAUCAAAGGGGAAAAACACUUCAUUUCACUUGUGAACAUUUGUUAGUUAUGGGAUCAAAAAUAUUGAUGUGCUUGGUGCUACUAAGUCUAAUCAUGAGUUCUCGGAGUCUCGGGUGCUCAAGCGACUACGGCGGAGAUUGCAGGAGCUGUAUCUCGAACGCAAUGAGUAGAGAUUGCCCAAAGUGUUUCCCGAUAAUGAGGUGCAUGGCGCGAUGCUUGUGGAGUAACAACCCAAAGUCCAAGUGUGUGAAACAGUGCGAUUGCAACGUUGGUUCUUAUCCAAGGCUUUUGGAUUGUAAGAGUUGCUUGUCUCGUUGUAAAUGUAAUUGUGGUGCCUACUAAUGUUCGUGUGCUUGUGUUUUAAUUUCGUUUUUAAGUUCGUCCGUCCUGUCUGUAUUGUAGUUGUAGUUUAAUGGAAAUUUGAAUAAGUACCUAGCUUCCA